CAGAAAUGUCCCUCCUGCCUGACUUUGGGAUCUUCACCAUGGGCCUGUGGUCUGUUGGUCUCGGAGCCAUUGGUGCAGCUGUGACAGGGAUUGUCCUUGCUAACACUGACUUAUUUUUGUCCAAGCCAGAAAAGGCUACAUUGGAGUUCUUGGAGGAGAUAGAGCUAAAAACUUUGGGAUCAGAACAAAAAACAUUCAAAGCAGGUGAACUGUGGAAGAAGAAUGGUGCAGUGGUCAUGGCUGUGCGAAGACCUGGAUGCUUUUUGUGCAGAGAGGAGGCUUCUGAGCUCUCCUCUCUGAAACCUCAGCUGUCCAAGCUGGGGGUCCCUCUCUAUGCUGUUGUUAAAGAGAAGAUAGGGACUGAAGUGGAGGAUUUUCAGCAUUAUUUCAAAGGAGAAAUCUUUCUGGAUGAAAAGAAAGGCUUCUAUGGUCCACGCAGACGAAAAAUGAUGAUGUCGGGCUUCUUCCGCCUUGGAGUCUGGCAAAAUUUCUUCCGUGCUUGGAAAAGUGGAUAUAGUGGUAACCUGGAAGGAGAAGGAUUCACCUUGGGAGGAGUAUAUGUGAUUGGGCCAGGAAAACAGGGUGUUUUACUGGAGCAUCGUGAGAAAGAAUUUGGAGACAAAGUCAGCCUUCCAUCUGUCCUUGAAGCUGCUGAGAAGAUAAAACCACAAGCUUCAUAAGCAGAAAAAUACUUGCACAUGUUUCUGAUCACAGCUUGAAAUGUAGAAUGCAUCUGUUUCUUGAACGUGCAGUUUAUUUGCUUCUUAACUAUUUAGUGAUCAACUUGGAGGAAAGAUUCUGUAUUCAAACAUAGAAAAAUAUGAAAAUCUUCUUGGAUCUUUUUUUGUUGCUUUGCAGCCUUUCAGGUGGUCAGGUUUUCAACUGCUCUUUUGUGUCUGACUGUAUUAAUGAAAAGCUGGGUCUAACAUCUGACCUGGCCUGGAUGUUUCCAGUCAGAGGCUGUCGGUUGAAAACCUGUCUGCCUCGGGGAGCAACACUCUGCUAAGGCUGCAGUAAUGGAGUACCAGCUGAGGUUGGAGGAUAAUAAAACUUUACAUAAAUGAAA